CUACCCAGAAACUUCGAGAAGAGCACACAUCAUCUCAUCAUACCCAUAACCAACCAUGGAGAACCAUCAGAUCUAUCGCCACAAAAAAUUCGAUGUUGGCCGAAAAGUUGAGGAACUCGAGUUGCUCCUCAAGGAAGAGCUAAUCUCCCGGAGCGGCACACCCUGCACCAGUGUGGGCUUCAGUGACCAGGACACUGAUUAUCCUCCUCUGCCGAAGCGCCGCCGUUUGGGCUCCUCAUCCUCCAGCGUUUCCUACCACUCACCCAGUCCGAUCAUAACCGAGGCCAUCCAAGACAUCUUCAAGUACCACGUCAACAUGGUGCGAAAGUUCCCGAAGAAGGAGCGCACGCCGAAGGAUCAGGAGCGCCGGAACAAGAACACCAUUGCCUGCAGGAUGAGUCGGCGGAAGAAGAAGUUCGAUGACCUGCAGGUCGAGCAGCAGUACAAGGAGUGCUCCUUAGAGCACCUCAAGAUCGCCGAGCAGAGUCUGCGGGCCAGGGUCUAUCUGAAUCACCUGAAGCAGCUGGUCAAGCAGGAGGACCACCACCCGCUGCCCUCUCCGCGGAGAAUUCCGGAAGAAAAUCCCAAGAGAAAUUUUACCAUCGACUACCUGAUCGGUGGCAUUAAGCAGGAGAAUGCUUAGCCUACCUCAUACUCCUGUGGAGACUGUAUUAUAUAGUUAAGGAUUACUUUAAGUUUCUUCAAGAAAUUCAUAGACUUAUCUAAUUUUAAGUUUCCCUACAGUUAAGCAGGUACUUCUUA